AUGCUGCUGGACUUGGACUUCGCGCCGCUCGUCGCCGACUUCAGCUUCGCCAAGCUCGUCCCCGAGGGGGUCUCACACAUGACCACAUGUGUCAAGGGCACGCUGGGCUACCUGGCGCCUGAGUACGCCAUGUGGGGGAAGGUCUUGGGAGCUUGCGACAUCUACAGCUUCGGCAUCCUGCUCCUCGAGCUCGUCUCCGAGAGGAAGCCCAUCGAGCGGUUGCCGUCGGGGGCGAAGCGCACCAUCACCGAGUGGGCAGAGCCGCUCAUCACGCGCGGCCGGCUCGGGGACCUCAUCGACCCGCGUCUCCGGGGCGCGUUUGACGCUACGCAGCUCGCGCACGUCGUUGAGUGCGCCGCGCUCUGCGUGCAGGGCGAGCCUGACCGUCGCUCGGAUAUGCGCACCAUCGUCCGCAUCCUGCGCGGUGAAAACGUGGCCGCCGCCGCCGCCACGGUGGGGGCGCGUGGUGGUGGCAAAGGGGAGCAAAAGGUGCCGUGA